AUGGAUCACCAAAGCCAUGAAAAUCAAAACCAGAAGACUUUGAGUCAUAAAUUUCCAACAGCAAAGUUUCUAAAACAAGUAACCAAAUUACUCCUUUCAGUCUCUGUGUUUUCCCUCUUCUUUUCCCACUCAACUUGGUUUUCUUUGCCCAUAAGACUGAUCAGCCACAACUUAGACAAGAACUACAUAUUCCUUCUCUGCAAUGGACUUCUAGUUUUCCUUGCAAAGUUCUCAGGCUUGUUAUCUUCUUCCUCAUCCAAGCACAACAACAAUAACAAUACUACCCUCACCAAUGAGUACUAUAAUGAUUUCAAGCCUUACGCAGACGAGUCGCGAUCCGAAGGGAUUUUGAUGGAAACAGAAGAUAAUUCAGCAAAAGAGAAUGCUUCUGACCAUCAAGUGGUUGAAGGAGAAAGUCAUGAAGAAGUGAAACAAGAAGAGCAAGAAGUUGCAGAAGAAACUAAAUAUGUCAUUGAGGAAGAUGAUGAAGAAGAGAUUAAAGAGCCAGAGGCAGAAGAUGAAGAAACUGAAAGAGAAGAACAUUAUGGGAUCUUGAGUACAGAAGAUUUGAACAAAAAGAUUGAAGAUUUCAUCAGAAAAAGGAAAGAAGAACAGAGGAUUGAAGCUAGGCAGCAAUUAGUCAUGGUUUAA